AUGAGACCUAUUCUCCUCGCUGGGCACGAGCGUGCGCUCACCCAGAUCCGCUACAACCUCGAUGGCGACCUCAUCUUCUCCGUCGCAAAGGACCAGCACAUCUGCGCCUGGUACUCCCACAACGGCGAGCGUCUCGGCACCUACCACGGCCACGUCGGUGCCAUCUGGACCGUCGACGUCGACCCGACCACGACCAUGAUCGCCUCGGGCUCCGCCGACAACACCAUCCGCCUCUGGGACGUCAAGUCGGCCAAGAACCUCAAGACGUGGGAGUUCCCCACCGCCGUCAAGCGCGUCGAGUUCAGCGAGGACGGCACCAAGCUGCUCGGCGUCACCGAGAAGCGCAUGGGCUACCUCUCCAACAUUGUCGUCUUCGACAUCAACCCCGACCCCGCCGCCGAGCAGACCGACGAGCGCGCCCUCACCAUUGUCUGCGACGAGAGCAAGGCCACCGUCGCCGGCUUCUCCUACCUCAACCGCUACAUCAUCGCCGGCCACGAGGACGGCAGCGUCAGCCAGUACGACGCCAAGACCGGCGAACUCAUCGACAACAUCCCCAUCCACGAGCUCAACCAGCCCAUUGUCGACCUGCAGUGGAACGCGGACCGCACCUACUUCAUCACAGCCUGCAAGGACAAGUCGGCCAAGCUCGUCGCCGCCCGCGAUCUCACCGUCCUCAAGACCUACCCCGCCGACACCCCCCUCAACUCGGCCACCAUCACACCGAAAAAGGACUUUGUCAUCCUCGGCGGUGGCCAGGCCGCCAUGGACGUCACACGCACCUCGGCCCGCCAGGGUAAAUUCGAGGCCCGUUUCUACCACAAGGUCUUCGAGGACGAGAUUGGCCGUGUGCGUGGCCACUUUGGCCCCCUCAACACUGUCGCCGCCGAUCCCACCGGCAAGUCGUACGCCUCGGGCGGUGAGGACGGCUACGUCCGCGUGCAUCACUUUGACAAGGGCUACUUUGACUUUCUGUACGAGGUCGAGAGGGAGAGGAUCAACAGGAUGUCGUGA